CCGGAGGUUUCCACAGAGCAGACGGCGCGUUCCUCCUCCUCCUCCCUCUCCCAAGUUCGCCAAUUCCUGGGUCCUCGAGGGAGUCGCCAGAGCGCCCCUCUCCCGUCCCGCCACCCUGUUUAAACCAGGUUAAACUGCCCGCCCUCAUUUCCUCUCCAGGUCACAGACAGGCGGGCUUUCCCACUGUACUUAGGAGAUGAUUCGGUCACGGGGAGAGCCCGCAGGGAGGCCGCCGGCUCUGUUUGCCCGGGGCUUAGCGCGGCGCCCUCCAGCCUCCUCUCACCCGCCGGCCCGCCCGUUCGCGCCUUCCCACCGUCGGAGCGGAGGGGCCUCCCCGUGGCUGGGACGCUGAAGGGCCGCCCCCGGGGAGGGUGUGCGGGGCGAGGGUGGGAUCGAGGACUCCGGGGUGCCUCCGGCUCUCUCGGGCUCCCUCGGUCUGCCCUCUCCCGCCUUGCCCCCGGCAGCCCCGUCUCCCCAGUCUGGCGAAGAAGCCCAAGAAGGGCUGGAAGCCCCCUAAUGAUUGGAUGAGGCGCCAUUACAUCAUAUUUUUUUUAAUCUUCCUGAGCUGCCGAGCUGCUUUUUCUUGCAUUGGGAAGAAAAGUGCGAGCGCGCCGGUUAGUCGGAGCGGGAAGCACAUCUGGGGAGGAGGAAGAGGAGGAGGAGGAGGGGGAGGAAGGCAGCCUUGGGCGCGCGCGGUCCCUCCCCCCCCCCUGCCGGAGCGGUGGCCAGUCCUUGCCCGAACUCCUUCCCAGCCCCAGGUGGCCAGCGCGGAGUUUGGAGGGCGGGGAGAUGCUCCGGAGGAUGUCCCGCCAAGCGGAUCCCGGAGGGCAGAGACGCCGCCGCCGUAGCCGCCGCUGAUCGGCGCCUGCCGCUGCCCAAGUGCGGGGGAACAUGGGCUUCGAGAACGCCACCGACAAGCGCUGGGGCAUGGCUGACUCUCCAUACAACUUCUCUUCUCAGAUUGGGCUGGUCAGAAUGGCCAACUUCACCAGUGACAACUUCUCCAAGGAGAGCACGGCCAAGUAUAAGACUGUGGAGAUGGUGUUCAUAGGCACAGUGACGGGUUCAUUGAGCCUUGUCACUGUGGUUGGGAAUAUCUUGGUCAUGCUGUCCAUCAAGGUGAACCGCCAGCUCCAGACUGUCAACAACUACUUCCUUUUCAGCUUGGCCUGUGCUGACCUGAUAAUAGGAGUUUUCUCCAUGAACCUUUACACAGUCUACAUUAUCAAGGGCUAUUGGCCACUUGGGGCUGUGGUCUGUGACCUUUGGCUGGCUCUGGACUAUGUGGUGAGUAAUGCCUCUGUCAUGAACUUGCUUAUUAUCAGUUUUGAUCGCUACUUCUGUGUCACCAAGCCACUGACCUACCCAGCUAGGAGGACAACCAAAAUGGCAGGGUUGAUGAUUGCCGUGGCUUGGAUAUUGUCCUUUAUCCUCUGGGCACCUGCCAUCUUGUUUUGGCAGUUCAUUGUUGGGGAGAGGACCGUUUCGGAAGGGCAGUGCUACAUCCAGUUCCUCUCCAAUCCAGCGGUGACUUUUGGCACAGCCAUUGCAGCCUUCUACCUCCCAGUAGUCAUCAUGACCGUGCUGUACAUCCACAUUUCGCUGGCCAGCCGGAGCCGUGUGAGGAGGCACAAGCCCGAAAGCAAGAAAGAGAAGAGGCCUAAGCCUCUCAGUUUUUUGAAAAGCCCCUUAGUCAAGCAGAACAACAACAACUCUCCCAAAAAAGUAGCGGAGGUGAAAGAGGAGGCAAAAAAUGGGAAGUUAGAAGAGCAACCCCUGCAACCAUCGGAGACUACGGGCCAUCAAGAGGAGAAAGAAACCUCCAAUGAAUCCAGCACAGUCAGCAUCACCCAGACCAAUAAAGAGAAGCAGAUGUUGGACGUUGUGCCAGCAGAUCAAGGGCAAAGCCCAGCCCUCCCACGCAUGAACCCUUCCUCAAAGUGGUCCAAAAUUAAGAUCGUCACUAAGCAAACCGGCACUGAAUGUGUCACUGCCAUUGAAAUUGUUGCAGACAAAGAAGCCAGCUCUACUCCGAUCACCUUGUCAAACAGCCGUCCAGCUAACGUUGCCAGGAAGUUUGCCAGCAUUGCUAGGAGUCAGGUCCGAAAGAAGCGCCAAAUGGCAGCCCGGGAGAAGAAGGUCACCCGGACCAUUUUUGCCAUCUUGCUUGCCUUCAUUGUGACCUGGACACCUUAUAAUGUGAUGGUCCUCAUCAAUACCUUCUGCGACUACUGUGUCCCUGACACGGUGUGGUCCAUUGGGUACUGGCUGUGCUAUGUCAACAGUACCAUCAACCCUGCUUGUUAUGCCCUUUGCAAUGCUACUUUCAAGAAAACCUUUAAGCAUCUUCUUAUGUGUCAGUACAGGAAUAUUGGCACUGCAAGAUAAUUUGGAAUCUAGAGACUGCUUGGCAGAGCUGUUGUGGAGACUUCUUCUAUUCUCACAUCAGACAAUUGUACUGUUCUAGCUAUACCAUUUGAUUUCAGUCAGAACCUUUCAACAAAUGCAGAAUUAAAAACAAAGACACACAACACCUAUCCGUAUUCUUAUGCGCUGCUAAACAUGAAGCAACUCUUUCACCUAUUUGACCCCUGACUGUGCUUCUCCAAAAGACAAAGGAGGAGGAAAUCAGGGAUUAGAUGCUGCAGAAAAGUCUCACUAUUUAACUGGACAGGGGUAGUGGAUCCCACCCCCUGCCUCCUUCCUCCAGAAAUACUGAUUGGACUGUCAUGGUCCUUUGAUGUCUCUGGAUAAAGAGAGCCCCUUGUUGGUGGGCAUGCCAGUGCACGGGAUGGGAUAAGGAAAUGGGCUGUGCCAACAUGUGCCUCCAUCCCUUGGAUGCCAUGAAGUCUUGGCACUUGUGUGUGGCUGAGAGUGUGUGUGAGAGUGACUAGGAAGUGGCAGAAUUCAUGCUAAGUAAUUUCAUCAACAACGGAAGGGGGAAAACAGAGACUGUCUCGUUACAGGUCACCAAGCUGGCUCUUCUUCCUGGUUGUUGGGCAUGCUCAGAAGAGGUGGCAGAACGACUGCUUACUGCCAUAAAUUUUUAGCACUUUGGCCAAAUAAGUUUCCAGUGUCCUUCUGGAUUCAAGGGACUUGUUCCCCUCAGGGAAUACUCCUACCACUUAACCAGCUUGCCUGAUUAAGAGGCUUUCUAAAGAAUUGACAACAUGUCUCGGCACCUCUUCAGCUCCCUGUAGCAGGCAGAUGCGUCAGGCAGAUGGCUGGACGGAGAGACUUGUUUCUGUGUGGAUAAAAACAAUGACACCUGAAGUCAUACUGAAAAAUAAGGCCCAGAUACACACAAACCACUGCAACCUUUCUGUACCACAACUUCUUUGACCACAUGCCGAGGGAAUGCUUCUGUGAAGAUACUUGUGCCAGCAUUAAGGCUGGCAGUCCUCAAGGCCGCAGAGUCUGAGGAGAAGAUUCACGGAGCAUCUGCAGUGGGAGAAGAUUCCUGCACUGGGGAGUCUUUUCAUGGAUGUGUGGAGUCUUUGAUGUAUCCAGAGCCCUCCUCCUCCACGCCCUUGGCUUCUGUUACCUUUUUUUUUUUUUUAAGAGAUAUUUCCUGCACAAUGUUUCCUUCUUAUUCCAACGGGUCACCUGAGGGACAUUUUCUUGAGUGACUCAGUUUGUGAUUCUGAUAAGAGGAUCCUAUGGGCAGGUGCUAGAGGAGGAAAACAGGCACUCCCUCUCCCCUCUCCCCUUUCCCUUCUGCUCCAAGUGCCUGAGGGCAUACUGAGAAGAUAGUCCUUGAGCUUUGUAAAUGGACAUAUUACAUCCUUUCUAGCCAGUGUUGUCAUGGAGUCCUCAGCAUGUGGGCUCCGGUGUAAGUGUACAACCUAAAUCCCAGAAUAUUCAUGUUUCGUCUUCAGUGCCAUCAAGCUUCUCCAGAUUUCAUAAGCGCGUCAGAACCCUGAGGGCAGAAAUCCACGGCCUGACCUAGACUGGGCUGGUGCCAGAUGACUGGAUGGAAAUCUCCAUAUCAUGGUGAAGGGCUCUCAGCUGGAGAGAUGCCAUUGUAUUUGGCUGCUGCUUCAUUCUGCUGGGGAGGCAGCCGCCACCUUGCCACUGCCUUUAGAAUAAUUUGCAUAAUAGUUCCCAAAAUGCCUUGCAGGUUUUUUUUUUAAAAUUGUUACAGCUACAAUGAGACCCAUGUAAACGAAUAAAGUAAUUGU